GUUGCGUCGCAUUGCUGGAGUGAGCAGAGAAAGAACAAGGAAGCAACAUGUGCUGACCACAAUAACUCCAACACAGCAGCAGCCACACCACCGUCUCCACAGACAAAACGAAGCUGAAGAGAGGACAGACGCUGAAUUUUUCUGGAUAUAGACCUAUUCACUCCAUUAACCACCUUAUAUCACACCAUGACCAUGAUACGAGAGGUGAAAGCGGGGGUCAACUUCCUGAAGCGCUUGGUUGUGGCACGAGGCAAACUUGAAGAGACAAAAGCAGAGUUGUUUGCAGAGAAACUUCAGCAGCAUUUGUGUAGCAGAUAUGAUGACCACUGGUACCCUGAGAGUCCCAGCAAAGGACAGGCAUUCAGGUGCAUUCGGAUAAACAAUGGGGUCCUAUCCGAUGAGGCCGUGCUGAAGGCGUGUGCAGAGAGCGAGUUGAAACCCUCUGAUUUGGGGCUUCCUCGUGAGCUCACCCUUUGGAUCGACCCUCUAGAGGUGUGCGCACGAUCUGGAGAGAACAGCAGACCUUUUACAGUAGCCACUUUCACACAGGAGGAACAAAAGGAGGAGAGUUUGAAGAGUGCACAGGAAGACUCUCUGUCAGAAGAGUCCAUUAACUUGGACACCUCCGAUUACCACUCUGCUACUUCCUCGGACUGUGGCUCCACAGCAUCUAGCGACACGGAGGAGGAAUCCAAAGACCAAGAGGAGGAGGAGGUGAAAGACACUGAAGAGGAGGGAGAGUCUAAAAAAGAAAAGAAGGAUGUUCAAAAAGAAACGGCAGAAGGAGACGCCUACACGAUUGCAAUGGUGCCCAGGCUCCGGGGACGGAACACAGAGGGACUAAAAAAAGUCAAAUACGUCAGGAAUAUGGUUCCUCCAAGUCUCCAGUACUAUUACCAACCAACACAAGUUUGGUCUCCUUACAAAAAGGCUCCGCCCAUGUUUCUGACCACAGUGUGUGCCCCUCCUCCCCCUCCACCUCAGCCCCUCGUUGGGUACUAUAUCCUACCCCAGCCUUCCCCUCAGUUCAUUCUUCCCCAGGCUUCUCUGCAGCCGUGGGGAGCAGUGAAGGGCUAAACUUCUCAGGACCCAAAGUCAAAGAUGCACUGGAUAUUCCUAUAACUGAGCCAUGUCCACGAUCAGCUAAACUUGGGCCAAAAACUUCUGUACAGCGUUAAAUAUUCUUUGCACAAACUGUUUCAUUUAAGUCUCUAUUUAUGGUGGCGUGGCACAGAUUUAUUAAUGGAUUAAAGUGACAGGCGUUUCAUUUCAUAGUCAGGUCUGCACUGAUGAAUAUAAUAUUUUGUACACAUUUAAAUGGCAGCAAUCACUGGGUGCUUAGACCUAACUCAGGAGCCUACAGCAAUACGUUUAAUAUCAAAUGCUGAAUUCAGGUGAAGUUAUGUUUAUUUUUUAGGUUCUCUCAGAUGGCCAAGUGGCUUCUUUGUAUUUGAUAAUCACAAUCAUUGUAAAAUAUUCUUCAUUUUAAUCUGUAACUAAAAUUACUGUAUACUAAAAUAUUUUUUACUAGCAUCUUGUAAAUAAUACAGAACUUGUAUAUGAAUGUAUGAGACACAAUUUUACUGUUAUGUUGCAAUAUAUUUGGCCAUCACUUGGUGGCACUAAAACACAGCUAAUAGAUGAAAUUGUAUUUAUUUUUAUAAGCCUUGUUGUAUACUGCAUCACUGGCUGUGUUGUCUGUUUAGCUUUAUUACUAUUGGGUGCAAUUGUUUUACACAAUCUAUGCUCUUCUAUUUUACAAAAUAUUUUAAUGACAUUUCCCUGUUUUUGUAUGCCUAUACAUUUACUAAUAUUUUAUUAUUCACUGUUUAUUAACUCCUCAUUCAUCCACGCUUUUUUGCUGAAGGCACAAAUCAUGUAUUACUUUGAAGCUAAUGUUUGUGCUGUUUACGCCUACUUGUAUUUCAGGGAUUUAAUCAUCUCAACCCACUGGUGGGGACUUCUUU